AUGAUCACCGAAUCGAUAAGACGUGUUAACGGUUACGAGAAAGAUGCCUACACCUACUACCCCGUCAUCAUUGUCGGUGCAGGCGCAUCUGGCAUUGCCAUGGCCUGCCAGCUGAAGCAGCAACUUGGAUUUGACCAGUUUCGCGUAUUCGAUCGGCAAGCAGGCAUUGGAGGAACCUGGUGGAUCAAUCGGUACCCCGGUGUCGCUUGCGAUAUACCCGCCGUCUUCUACUCCUUCAGCUUCGCCCAAAACCCCAGUUGGUCCUCGUUCCACCCGCCCGGCAAAGAAAUCGUACGCUACUACCACGAAGUAUGCGAGAAAUACCGCAUCACGGACAAAUUCGAGCUCAACACGGAUAUUGAAAGUUGCAAAUGGUUAGAAGACGAGCAGCUAUGGCAGGUCACUCUCCGUCGCAUGAUCUCAGGCAUGGGCGACCUGUCAGCAAAGGAUCGCAUGAAGAUCGCGCAAGAAAAAGGCGAGCAUGCCGUAUACUCGGAGACGGAAGUUGUGAAGGCCAAGGUUGUGCUUAGCUGUGUGGGAGGACUGGUCGAACCCAGGGGCUGGCCUGACGAGAUUAAGGGCAUUGAGAACUUCAAGGGCAAGAUGUUCCAUUCGGCGAGGUGGGAUGAAAGCGUCGACUUCACAGACAAGAACGUCGUCGUUGUCGGCACUGGAUGUAGCAGCGCGCAACUCGUUCCUCCUCUACCCCACGCGCCUUACAACGCCACAAAGGUCACUCAGUUGAUGAGAUCACCACCGUGGGUCACUCCAGCUGUUCACGCGCCUGGUGGUGAUGAAUGGUGGGAGAAGAAUGGCCCCAAGCUGAUGAAGAACGUACCGGGCCUCAAAGAGCUGUUGCGUUUCAUCAUCUUCGCCACGGCAGAAUCAGGCUUCCUCAAGAUCUUCCCCAACACACCAUACGCUAACAAACAGCGGAAACUCUACGAAGAGAAGGUCCUCCAGAACAUGCGCAAACGCACUCCAGAAAAGUACUGGGAGAUUCUAACACCAGACUACGGCGUGGGUUGCAAACGACGCAUCUUCGACAAGCGAUGGCUCCGCAGCCUGAACGAUCCAAAGAUCGAAUUAACUACACAGCCGAUGAACAGAGUCACAGAGCAUGGUGUUGUCAUCGGCCCCGGCGCGACAUAUCCAAAGGACGCGAAGGAAGAAGAUUACCCCGAGCGAGAAAUCCCCGCCGAUGUCAUAAUCCUCGCCAACGGCUUCGACACAACGCGCUGGCUCCACCCCCUCAAAGUCAUCGGCAAAGGCGGAAAAGACCUAGUCCAAGUAAUGGAAGAACGAGGCGGCGCUCAAGCCUACCAAGGCACAGCCGUCGACGGCUUCCCCAACUUCAUGAUGAUCUUUGGACCCAACACUGCAACUGGGCAUUCCAGCGUCGUCAUGGCAAGUGAGAACAUGGUAAACUACUCCCUAAACUUCAUCCGCCUUCUCCUCCACAACGAAGUCCGCACAAUCGACGUCAAGCACUCCGCCGAAGUCGCCUACACAGCCGAAAUGCAACGCGCUCUCAAAAACACCGUCUGGCAGAGCGGCUGCUCAAGCUGGUAUUUCACCGGCGACGGCUGGAACUCGACCGUGUAUCCCUAUACCCAGAUUGAAUUUUGGCGGAGGUGUACUUUUGUCAAGUGGAAUGAUUGGAACAUAGAGUAUACGCGUAAGGGAAUUGCGAGGAUGAGGGCGAGGAGGCUGGUUAGGGCGUUGGCGGUUGUGUUGGCUGUUGGGGGUGCGUGGAGGUUUUGGCGGAGUGGAUUGGGGGUUAGGGAUGUUGGGGCGCUGGUGAGAGGGGUUUUGGAGGGGGCUGUUAGGACUGUGAGAGAGGCGGCAGAGAUGGUCAGGAAGACUGCUCUGGCUUAA